AUGCCAUCCUCCCCAUCAGAUCGCUUCAUGUCGGCUCUGCACCAGAACAAGGACUGGGCAGCCAAGAUCGCCAAGGAGGAUCCUCAACUCUUCCCCACGCUCGCCGUAGGCCAGCAGCCCGAGAUCCUGUGGAUCGGGUGCUCCGACUCGCGGUGCCCUGAAACCACCCUGCUGGGCCUCAAGCCUGGCGACGUCUUCGUCCACCGUAACAUUGCCAACGUGCUGCACGCCAGCGACCUCAGCUCGUCGGCCGUGAUCGAGUACGCCGUGAAGCACCUGCGCGUCAAGCACGUGGUCGUGUGCGGCCACACCAGCUGCGGUGGUGUCGCUGCCGCCCUGGGCAACAAGCAGCUGGGCAUUCUGGACCCGUGGCUCAUGCCCCUCCGCCAGCUCCGCGAGCAGCACCUGAGCCUGCUCAACUCGCUUCCCACCGACGAGGCCAACCUUAAGCUCGUCGAGCUGAACGUCCACGAGGGUGUCAAGACGCUCAAGCAGAAGAGUGUCGUGCUCGAUGCUAUUCAGGAGCGGGGCCUGCGCGUCCACGGCCUGAUCUAUGAUGUCGGAAGCGGUGUGCUCCGGGAGUUGGAUACCGAUGAGCCCGAGGAGGCCAUCAAGGCGCGUCUCACUUCGUUCAAGACCGACGUCUAG